GUCUGUCCUGUCGAGUCGAGUUGUCUUUCGGCUUACGACGCCAUCUUUUAAUAAUUUUCGGAUGGUAUAGUGGUCGUAUUUAUUGGGCGUGUUUCACAUAGUUAAAUUACUUUUCUGAAACUGAUAUUGAAAGUGUAAUAAUUAAUGUAGGUGGAAGAUUGACAAGGAAGAGGGAAGAUUCUUACAUCUUUUACCACUUGGGUAUAAUUUGUGCACUCAUUCAGUAAGCCUACCUAGGCUACAUAAUAAAUGUCACAAUUUGGAGGAGGAGGAUCUAAAAACCCACCAUGGGUUCGUCAAGGUCAGUCAAUGGGUAUGCAGCAGAACCAGAUGCAGCCACAGAUGAUGACACAGAUUGGAAACACUGCGGCGGCAGCCAUGCUGCAGUACCCGCAGGCUCAGAUGUUCCAACAGACCCAGAUGGGGCAGUUGCAGCAGAGUGGAGUAGCAAUGCAAUCGAUGGGUGGAAUUGGAUCCAAUCAAAUGGGAGGUGGUUUGGGUGCAUCUAUUCAACCUUCACCGAGUGCUAUUCAACAACAGCAGAUGUAUUCCCAGGUGGGUGCUGUCAGUUAUCCGACCCGCAGCAUCAUCGCCUCACCGUUCUCCAAUAGCUCAGCUGGCCAAUCCUCUGCUGGUUCCACUGGCUCCCCCAACACUGCUGGCACACCAAAGCAGCGAGUCUUCACUGGCACCGUCACUAAAGUCCAGGACAAUUUUGGCUUUGUGGAUGAGGAAGUGUUCUUCCAAUCUAGUUGCUGUGUAAAGGGGUCCAAUCCUUCAGUGGGGGACAGAGUUCUAGUGGAGGCUAUGUAUAAUGCAAGCAUGCCAUUCAAGUGGAACGCCACCAGGAUACAAGUUCUGCCGAUGGAAAGGGGUUCGGAAUCUAUGCACUCUGGUGGAGGUAGAGUGGGACGGUUCAGCUCAUCGUACAACAGUGUUCCUCCUCCAUCUGAUGAUGUGAUGAGUGGAGGAGGUGAUUUUAGUAGAAGAAACAGAGGACAAGGAUCUAUGAAGAGAAACCGAAGAGAUGAUGAUGACUUUGACAGGAAACGGCGAAGGGAUGACCGAAGAAGUAUUGAUCGCCCUAGGGAAGACAAAGAAAAGGAAAAGGAAAAAGAGAAGGAGAAAGAGAAGGAACGAAUGAAAAGCCCUCCACUCCGCAAACGUAGUAAGACACCAACAAGAAGGAGGAAGACUAGAGUUGUCCCUCGCUACAUGGUCCAGAUACCUAAAAUUGAUCUUGAUAUGCCAGAGGCUGAUGUUAUAGAGAUAAAAAAGCGUUACACCAACAUGUACAUGCCGUCAGACUUUUUCUUGAGCACUUUCAAGUGGGUAGAGGUGUUCCCACCUCAUAGACCUUUGAUUCUGGAUCAUCCGUGCGCAUUCCAUGUGAUGCACAAAGAUGUUGACCCACUAAUAGAGAAUGAUGCUGUUCUAGACCCUCCUGAUGCUGAUUAUCUAUUUUCUGCUAAGGUUAUGUUGCUGAGUAUGCCUGAAUUGGAUGAGAUCUACCAGAAGUGUUGUCUACUAGCCGAUGAGAAGGAAGGAAGUUAUGAUGACCGUGACAGAGGUUUUGUACAUCCCACUCGUCUUGUCAACUUCCUCGUGGGUCUGAGAGGAAAGAAUGAGACCAUGGCCAUCGGUGGUCCCUGGAGUCCUUCCCUGGAUGGGCCAAAUCCAGAGAAAGAUCCUACAGUUCUUAUCAAAACGGCAAUUCGUAAUUGCAAAGCUCUAACCGGAAUUGAUUUAACCAACUGUUCUCAGUGGUACCGCUUUGUGGAGAUUUACUACCAUCGGGCUGAGACCAUUCAUAAGGGGAAGACGGUGCCUGCUCGUGUUGAAACCGUGGUACUUUAUUUGCCAGAUGUGUGGAACUGCCUGCCGACUCGUCUGGAGUGGGAUGGUCUCCUCCUCGACUAUAAGAAACAGCUGGAGCGUCUCCUCAACCCGGACGACGAGGCAGAGGGAGAUGAUAAGGACACCAGUGUUGGAGAGAUUCAAAAGAGAGAACCGAGUCACUAUUCUCAAUUAGAUCCCAAGAUUAUGAAGGUGCAUGAUCUUCGUGAAGAGUUGGAGGCUCGUUCACUGUCGACUAAAGGAUUGAAAUCUCAACUAUCUGCUCGGUUGGCAAAGGCUUUGAAGACUGAACAAGAAAAAGAAGAAGAGGCUAAUGGUACAAAGAGUGACGGUAAAUCAGACAAAUCUGAUAGUAAAAAUGGAAAAGAUGAAAAGGAUGAAGAGAAGAACAAAAAAGAGGAGGAAGAGAAAAAGAAGCUUGAUGAGAAAGAGAAACAGUUGUUAGAGAAGCGAUACACUUUGCCAGAGAAGAGCCACAUCCUGACACACCCCUCUCGGAUAGCUAAGUCUGGAAAAUUCGACUGUACUGUCAUGUCUCUGUCCUUGCUUCUAGACUACAGACCUGAGGAUUCCAAGGAACAUUCCUUUGAAGUGUCGUUAUUUGCAGAACUUUUCAAUGAAAUGCUCAUGAGAGAUUUUGGUUUUCAAAUUUACAAGGCCCUAGUAGAAGUUCCUGAAAAGCCAAAGGAAGAAAAGGAAGACAAAGACAAGAACAAGGACAAGGACAAGGAAAAAGAAAAAGACAAAGAUAAAGAAAGAGAAAAAGAAAAAGAUAAGAAAUCAGACAGAGACAAGAGUGCUCACAGCGAGAAAAAGGAGGACAGAAAAGAUGAUAAGAGGGAUGAUAAAAACAGUAUCGAGGAUGAUGAUGGCAGUGGUGAUGAAGAAGAUAGUAAAAAGGAUAGGAGAGAUUCAGAUAGAAAGAAGAAGGAGAGGGUGAAGGUUGUAACAGUGGACCCUUACUUGCUUUUGUCUUUUGUCUACUUUGACCAGACACAUUGUGGUUACAUAUUCGACAAGGACAUCGAAGAGCUGCUUUUCACUCUUGGACUCAGUUUGUCUCGUGCUCAGAUCAAGAAACUAGUCCAGAAAGUCAUAUCCAGGGACUCGUUACACUACAGGAAACUUACAGAUAAGCCUAAGGAUGAUCCUACUGCAAAACAAAAUGGAGCCCAGACAACUGAGGAUCUCAUGACUUUAGCUCUUGGCAACAAGCGUCUGUUCCCCAUCUUUGAAGAAGCUGCUACUCCCAGCAAACGUAGCAAGAAAGGCUCUGACAAGAAAGCUGAAACCCCAGAUCUUCCAAGUGGUUUUGUGAUGUUCAAUGGAUCAUUGCUGGAUAUUAAUAAGCUACAAUCACAGUUUAAACGCAGUGAGGAGACUCGUGUUAAGACUGAAAAAUUGCUGGAGAAGCUUCGAUCUGACAAUGCAAAUCUGAAGGAGACAACCAACCGAAAUGUGGCCACAAUCAAGAAACUUAGUUCUGAACUGAAGGAUUUCAAAGAAAGACUCACAAAUACGAACUCUGAAUUGUGCACUAUGGAUAGUAAAACCAAGUUAUACUUCGCAGCAAUGAGUGAAAUUUAUGAAAAGCUGGGUCCGAUUCUUGCUCAAAAACCAGUCGUUAAAGAGGAAAUCAUUGAAGAUGUCGAAAUGGAGGAUGCUAUGGAAAAUGCAAAUGCUGAAAAUAAGCAAGCAGCAAAAUUGGAAAUGAAAAAGGAGGUUUUUGAAAAAAGUACCCGUAAGGUAGAAAAGGAUGUAGAAACUAAAUUAUUACCUCAAGAAAACACAAACAAUUCAAAUGUUGAGGCACAGAAACUAGAAAGUAAAACUGAAGUAAAUCAUAAGAAAGAAAAUGUGGUUACAGAGAAAACUGAAACUGAUUUAGUUAAAGAAAAUACAAAUGUAAAAGAAUCUAACCAGGAAGACAAGAACAAAAAACCUGUAGAUGGGGAAACUGAAGAAAAACCAAAUCAACCUGAGUCAAAAGCUGAAGUUGCUGUAGAAAACCCACCUUCUACUCCAGAACCGAAAAUAGAGACAAAAGUAACAGCACAGCCUAGUAGAUCUUCUCCUAGACAAUUAGGUAUGAAAGCAGAGAGCCAGACAACAGUUGCAUCUCCAAAUGAAUCAUCUCAGACGGGCAAAGAGUUUUCAUCUGAUUCCAAAGAACAACCUGCAGAAACCAAAGUAGAUGAAAAAUGUUCAUCAGGAACAACAGUAGAACCUAAACUAGAAGAAAAGCCAUCUCCAUCGGUACGGAAUACAAGGUCUCGAGAAAUUAAGGUGGAAGAUAAGAAAACGCCAGUUAAAAAGUAAUGCUGUGUUUAGAAAAUGUUAUCAUAAAUAUGUGUACUAAUUUAAUUUUAAUAGGACAUGUUAGAAAGAUUGGACAUUUAUUUCUAUGAUUAAGGAAUGACGAGUUAUAUUUAGUAAACUUAUGUGUUAUAAGUUAUUUUGUAUUAAAUGCUGGUAAAAAAACCUAAAAA